GGCCUUCCGCGCCCCCUAGUGACUGCGCAGGCGCAGUGCGGACGCUGGCGGCGGUCGCUGAGGGAACGUGAGGCCCGGGAUGGAGAGCGCGGCCUCGGCCCCCGACAGCGGCAUGGCGGCGGCACCGGCACCGGCACCGGCAACCGACAGCAAGCCGUUUAGGCCAGACGAGGUCAGAAUUAUCCUUGAAUCAUUGCAGCAGCCAGCAGUGUUUCUUAAUAUGGUUUCUGACUGGCCUGCGCUGAGGUGGACGAUCGAACAUCUUUCACAAGUGCUUCAUGGAAAAGAAUUAACGUUCAGGAUGGGCAAAAGGAAGACCAAUAAAGCUCCACAAUUUGAGACCCAUUGUGACUACAUUCAGGCCACACUGCAAGAGUUUUUAGUCUGGCUUCACGGUGAAACCAGUUCCUCACCCGGACCUUUCGGCCCUUUCCCUCGCUCUCAAUAUUGGGCGUAUGCGGACUACAAGUACAUCGCCGUGACGUUUGAGGACAACGCUGAGCUCUUUCAGGAUGUGAUCUGGUCUGACUUUGGGUUCCCUGGAAGAGAUGGACGAGAGAGCACUCUGUGGAUCGGCAGUGAAGCGGCAAACACACCCUGCCACCUGGAUUCCUACGGAUGCAAUCUGGUGUUUCAAGUGCAAGGAAGGAAAAGGUGGCACUUAUUCCCACCAGAGGACACUUCCUUCCUGUAUCCCACCAGAAUUCCUUACGAAGAAUCCAGUGUAUUUAGCAGUGUGAACAUAGUCAACCCUGAUUUGGAGCGUUUCCCCCGAUUCAGCAGAGUCCGGCCGUAUGUCGUGACCUUGAGCGCAGGAGAGGUCCUGUUUGUCCCCAGACACUGGUGGCACUAUGUGGAAUCCUUGGAUCCUGUCACCAUCAGCAUUAACUCCUGGAUAGAACUGGGCGAAGAUGAUGAAGCCAGAGUUGGGGAGGCGUUGACUCGGACUGUAGUCUGUGCUCUGAAGUCCACUGAUCAUUCUACUGACACUGCCAGCUGGCUGAAUGCCACCGAGGAUGCAGUCACGUCGUAUGAAUCGAACCUACGCUACGUCAACCUGGCGCUUCAAGCCUGUUUAGGCAAGGCAAAGACCAGCCCUCCAGGCAGCAGAGAGGGUAGAGGCCAGUGGACGCACGCUUCACCCGCCCAGCCAAAGAAAAGGAAAGGUGAUCCAGGAGCAGGUGGACAGAGGGACCUGGCAGAGCCGAGAGAUGCCAAUGAUGCCAACGUGUGCUUUGGACCCAACUUGGUUCCGGUCCGGCAAGAAGAAGCGGCUGCUUCAGCAGAGGUCAUAGUGUCUGGGGAUCACCCUGCGGACAGCAGCUUGGAAGCUAAUCAACAAAACCUGCACUGCCAACCCAACCCUGCCAGUGGUGACGGGACUCCGAUGUCCACUGACGAGUUGAUAAACUGCUUGGUCCACCCCGACGUGAUUCACUUAAUGACUGAGAUUCUGCUGGACAGGCAUCGCACCCAUUAAUCUCACCGUCUCUCACUUACUGAAGAAGGGUCUCCACCCGAAACAUCAUCUAUUCCUUCUCUCCAGAGAUGCUGCCUGACCCGCUGAAUGACUGCAGCUUUUAAUAUCUAUCUUCAGUGUAAACCAGCGUCUCACUCACUUGCCUUUGGUCACAGGUCACUUGUCAGCGCUGGUUUUGGAAAACUUACCAUCAAUAAGACGUGUGUGUCUCACCGUAUUAAAAGUCGUAUGGCAUGACGUGCAAGUGAAAGUCAACCGUAUUUCUCCUGGUUCUCCAACCAUAAGCCUUGCUCCAUUGUUCGGUAAAAUUGUGCCUAACCUUCUCCCUAUUUUCAAUCCCGUUGCGGCCCCCCUAAUGCAUCAGCCUCGGUCUUGCAACGAGACCUGGGUGUCAUGGUACACCAGUCAUUGAAAGUAGGCAUGCAGGUGCAGCAGGCAGUGAAGAAAGCGAAUGGUAUGUUAGCAUUCAUAGCAAAAGGAUUUGAGUAUAGGAGCAGGGAGGUUCUACUGCAGUUGUACAGGCUCUUGGUGAGACCACACCUGGAGCAUUGCGUACAGUUUUGGUCUCCUAAUCUGAGGAAAGACAUUCUUGCCAUAGAGGGAGUACAGAGAAAGUUCACCAGACUGAUUCCUGGGAUGUCAGGACUUUCAUAUGAAGAAAGACUGGAUAGACUUGGCUUGUACUUGCUAGAAUUUAGAAGAUUGAGGGGGGAUCUUAUAGCAACUUACAAAAUUCUUAAGGGGUUGGACAGGCUAGAUGCAGGUAGAUUGUUUGCGAUGUUGGGGAAGUCCAGAACAAGGGGUCACAGUUUAAGGAUAAGGGGGAAAUCUUUUAGGACCAAGAUGAGGAAAACAUUUUUGACACAGAGAGUGGUGAAUCUCUGGAAUUCUCUGCCACAGAAGGUAGUUGAGGCCAGUUGAUUGGCUAUAUUUAAGAGGGAGUUAGAUGUGGCUAAAGGGAUCAGGGGAUAUCGAGAGAAGGCAGGUACAGGAUACCGAGUUGGAUGAUCAGCCAUGAUCAUAUUGAAUGGCGGUGCAGGCUCAAAUGGCCAAAUGGCCUACUCCUGCACCUAUUCUCUAUGUUUGGAGUUCAGAGAUACAGCGCGGAAACUGGACUUUCGGCCCACCGAGUCCGUGGCGAUCAGCGAUUCCCGCACAUUAACGGCAGCCUACACACACCAGGGACAAUUUACAAUGAUACCAAACAAAUGAACCUACACACCUAUACGUCUUCAGAGUGUGGGAGGAAAUCGAAGAUCUCGGAGAAAACCCACGCAGGUUACGGGGAGAACGUGCACACUCCGUACAGAUGGUUAUAACAUUUUUAAAUUAUCGCACUUAAUAGUCCCUCAGUAGAACUAUUCUAAUUUUACCUAUGAUUGGUGCUUCUUAAAUAUUUAAAAAAACAGGAUAAGCUUUUGGAGCAGGUGAUUUUCCGUGGCAGCAUCGUUACCACAUGGUGUUCCAGCAUCUGUGAAUCCGAUUAUGACUGUUCAAAAAAUAUGAUUAUUAAUGGCUUGAUGCCUGCCCAUACCCACCAACCCAUUCUAGAUAACAAGGGUUGGCACGCCUCAAGUUCCCAAGAGACAGCCUGCAGGAGGAAUAGGUUGCAAGUAGCAAUGGGGCUCAGCUGGUGAAACCUGCCCUUUAUACGUUCAGUUGAGUUUAGUUGAGUUUAGAGAUAUAGCACAGAAACAGUCCCUUCGGCCCAGCGAGACUGCACCACCCAGCGAUCCCGGCACACAAACAUUAUAGGGUUAGGAGGGAGAGAUUGAUCAGCCAUUAUUGAAUGGAGGAGUAGCCUUGAUCGGCCGAAUAUCCUAAUUCUACUCCUAUCACUUAUGACAAUAUAACCAUAUAACUAUAUAUGACUAUCCUACUCACACUGAGGAUAAUUUUACAUUUAUACCAAGCCAAUUAGCCUACAAACCUGUACAUCUUUGUAUUGUAUUCAAAUUUAUUGUCAUUGUCUCAAUUUGAGACAACAAAAUGAAUUUCCCUUACAGG